GCUGCAGUUUUACUGUGUGGAAGCAAAAAACUGCAAGUCCCACAAUUCCUCAGUUCCCAAAAAGACGAGAGCUGCAAAAAGGCAGCGGUUUCCAUUCAUUUGGGCAUCAAGAGAGCGUGAAGAAAAAUAACACUACCGCGUUAUUCCAAUAUAAAUGGAGGUACGACCUUAAGGAGCAAGAUCGUUUUAAGCAUGGCGAAGGAUCAAGAAGUCGAGCGCAUCGCCAAAAAGCUGGACAAAAUGGUGCACAAAAACAACACGGAUGGCGCCAUGGACCUUUUAAGGGAAUUGAAGAACAUGAAGAUGUCACUUGAGACCCUGCAGUCCACACGGAUCGGGAUGUCCGUGAAUGCUGUGAGGAAGCAGAGUUCAGAUGAGGAGGUACAGACUCUGGCCAAGUCCCUCAUCAAGGCCUGGAAGAAACUACUUGAUGGUUCUGAGGGCAAGACAGAAGAAAAGAAAAAGGUACCUCCCCCUCUUCAGUCAUCAUCAUCAAAAGACAGACCAGGAUCAAGUGACUUCAGUAAGAGACCAGAGACGCCAAAGACUCCCACCACCUCUACAACCCCUACAACCCCAACAACCCCUAAGAUGACUUCGUUCCCCCCUCCUCCAGUAACAACUGACAGUGUACGCAAUAAAUGCAGAGAGCUCCUCGUCGCAGCCCUGCAGACGGACGAUGAUUACAAAACAAUUGGAGCAGAUUGUGAAGCUUUGGCAGCAGAGAUUGAAGAUUGCAUCUACAAAGAGUUUAAAUCCACUGACAUGAAGUAUAAGGCUCGGUUGAGGAGCCGCAUCUCCAACCUAAAAGACCAGAAGAAUCCUGACCUGCGCCGAAACGUGCUGUGUGGCAACAUCAGCUCCGAAUGCAUUGCCUCCAUGACUGCAGAGGAGAUGGCAAGUGCUGAGCUGAAAGAGAUAAGGAAGGCACUAACUAAAGAGUCCAUCCGGGAGCACCAGCUCUCUAAAGUAGGCGGCACUGAGACUGACAUGUUUGUCUGUGGAAAAUGCAAGGGCAAGAGCUGCACCUACACACAGGUUCAGACUCGCAGUGCCGAUGAACCCAUGACCACGUUUGUGAUGUGCAACGAUUGUGGCAACCGGUGGAAGUUUUGUUAAAAAGCAUCCGGAUUCUUCAUGUAAUCAAGGUUAUAGAUAAACAUUGUGAGAAGGUACUUUUGUUACUUUUUUUUCCAGAAGAAAUGCCAUUUUUAUACUCAUUUCAUAGCUUUGUAAUAUAUUCUGUAUGCAUAUUGCUGUAUAUGCAAGAAAAAGGCGUUUGAUGUACAUUUUAUUUUAUAGCAUUUUUUUUGUACUGAGAGUAUGUUCAUUACAUUUAUGCGCUUGAGUUAACUGGACUUUGUAAGUCAGCAUUAGCUCAUUUGAUACUGCUUUCUGCCCCUAUGAAGCACUCUUUUUGUGCCUUUUUGUGCUUUCAAUGCCAAGACUGUCACGCUUAAAGAUUUGUAUAAAAUUCUUUUGCACAUCAGUAAGAUUUGUAAAAGUGUGUUGUUGAUAGACAUGCCGAUUAUACAUUUGGUAACCUUUAUUAUUUUACACUUUAUUUGGAUAGUCAUUUGUAGAUGCUUAAUGAAUUUCCAGUGAUUAUUUAAGAAAUGAACAGUUCUAAGUAUAGCCUGAAAUGUAUAUUUAGUCAACUGAGAAAGAACUGAUUAGACCGUCAGCAUCAUAGUUCAUCUAUAGGAGACCUUCCAGAUAAAGUGGUACUUUUUUCUUCUGCAGCUGAUUCAUGUGUGAAAUGUGGAUCUGAUUGAUAAGAUUUAACAUGUAUGAUAAACUUGUAGACCUGUUGGUCUCAAUAAAUUUGGAGAAAGAUA